CAACAAAUAUAUUGAAAUUAUUUUAUUUGAAAGCAUUUGUCAAAUGUAUUGAAUAUGUUGUCAAUUGUUUGAUGUUUUGAUGUAAUGAAAAGGAUGUCAUAUUAAAUGGUGUCACAAAUUGAUACACACGAGUGCCACAUGAGAUGUCAUUAAAGGAUAACUUCAUCAACAAAGUAGUGACAAUUACCGCAAAUUCUGCUAAUUUAAAGACUCAAUAAAAACCAGUGAUAAAUAUCUCUCAAUGUCUUCAUCAUCGCCUCAGUCGUUGACAUCGAUUGAGUUAAUCACUAGAGAGACAAAGCCGAAGAAGUCAUCGGUACACUCGUCAGCCAUUAGUCCAUCGAUGACAGGCGUGUCUUCGUCUAUGGAUCGGUACGACACUACUCAACAUAAGUCGUCGAGUGGUCGCGUGAACGGCCAAAUCAAAGUGGUGUCCAAAUACAAUAAGAAGAAGUGGCAUAUAUUUCCCGGUCGUAAUCGCUUUUACUGCGACGGACGCAUAGUUAUGGCCAAACAAAUAUCCGUCUUUUACUUUACAAUUAUUCUUAUCCUUAUUACUUGUUCUCUAUUCUUCAUCUUCGAUUGCCCAUAUCUGGCCACCGAAAUAAGUCCAGCGAUUCCAGCUGUAGCCGCACUACUAUUCUUGUUUGUUUUGUGUACAUUAUUGAGAACCAGUUUCACAGAUCCCGGUAUAAUACCGCGGGCCACACCCGAGGAGGCAGCAGAUACUGAACGACAAAUUGAGGUACCCAAUGGGUCAAACUCGCCAACAUAUAGACCUCCUCCGCGUACCAAAGAGAUUGUUAUCAAUAAUCAAACGAUUAAAUUAAAGUAUUGUUUUACGUGUAAAAUAUUUCGACCGCCGCGAGCCUCUCAUUGUAGUUUAUGCGAUAAUUGUGUCGAGCGUUUUGACCACCACUGUCCGUGGGUCGGCAACUGUGUGGGCAAAAGAAAUUAUCGCUAUUUUUAUAUGUUUAUCAUGUCUUUAGCACUUUUGUGUGUUUUUGUAUUCGCUUGUAUUAUAACUCAUCUCAUAUUAUUAUCAAAAGGCAAGACAAUAUUGGAUGCUAUAAAGGCCAGCCCUACCAGUAUUGUUGUCGGCAUAAUAUGCUUUUUUAGUGUUUGGUCUAUACUGGGUUUGGCCGGAUUUCACACUUAUUUGACGACUUCCAAUCAAACUACUAAUGAGGACAUUAAGGGCUCGUUUUCCUCGCGACGCAACCAUUCUGUGAGAAAUCCAUUUUCUAGAGGAUCUAUAUAUAAGAACUGCUGUUCUAUACUUUGCGGUCCCAAUACUCCAAGUCUUAUCGAUAGUCGAAGUCCUAUAACAGAUGAACAGUAUAUAUCAGCCCAAAGGGCUCGCGAUCUCAAUAGACAACAGUCAUCUCAGCCAAGAAGCAGUCGUGCAGAUGUAAAUCAAAGCGCAUCAAUGAAUCCUCCACCCAAAACACCUACCGGCGCUUUAGGCACCAAAUCUAUAGCCGAUCAGUACUUUCAACAGCAACAACUGUAUCAUCAACAGCAUCAACACCAAUCACCCGCUCCUUAUCCGCAACAACAGCAUCGUGUGAUACAACAACAACAACAACAACAUCAUCAUCACCAACCAUCCCAACAACAACAGCAGCCCCAACAGCAUCAACAUCAUCAUCACCAACCAUAUAGACAACAAGCGACGGCUAAUAUGACUCCCAAUGCUAACGGCAACUAUAACUCUCUGCCGCGUAAUCAACAUCACACACAAUAUGGCAAUGCAAACAAAUUGAAGCCAAAUUACUCGACGUUAAACCGAUUGCCAUCCUAUCAUAUAAUGGAUCAAUUGUGCGAUCAAUCGUAUGACUCGGAUGUCGCAAACAAAUCUAUACAAAAAGGUGGAUCUCUAUCAAGAAGUCAACACAAUAUAAGCUUAGUUUCAUAUAUGAAACAAAGCACUGUCUAAGAGAUUUGGGUCAGACAGCAGAUUAACGAUUGUCUACUACUUAGUGUUUUUUGACAUAAUUAUAUCAAUUUUUAAUAAUAAAUUUUAUUGAUAUUAGGCUAACAAAUAAUUAUUAUAUUA